CCCGGCGCGGCGCGGCCGAGGCGCUCCGGGCCCUUUUCAAACCCAGCGGUAGGGGGGCCGCGGCCCGGCACGAAAUGGCGGAGAACGAUAAGCCGGAGGCUGCGGCCGCCGCUCCGCAGCGCGGAGCCGAGGAUGCCGCCGCCGCCAGCCAGCCGCCGCCACAACAGCAACAACAACAGCAGCCACAGCCGCCGCCGCAACAACAGCCGCCGCAGGAUGAGGAGGCGGCAGCGAGAGCGGCAGCAACCGAGAGCGGCGGGGGCAGCGCUAAUGGCGUCAAAAUAGAUAAUGAUGAGACGACAAAAGAAGAGAAAGCACCUGUGAAAGAGAAGUAUGUUGCAAAACCGAAGGCAAUCCCUUCUCUUGGAAACAAGAAUAGAUUCCACCCCUAUUCAAAGGACAAGAACGCAGGCACUGGAGAGAAGAAGACUAUUAAUCGUAAUAGAGUUUUUAUUAGCAACAUCCCAUAUGACAUGAAAUGGCAAGCUAUUAAAGAUCUUAUGAGAGAAAAAGUUGGUGAGGUUACAUACGUGGAGCUGUUUAAGGAUGCUGAAGGAAAAUCAAGGGGUUGUGGAGUGGUUGAAUUCAAAGAUGAAGAAUUUGUUAAGAAAGCAUUAGAAACUAUGAACAAAUAUGAUCUUAGUGGAAGACCCCUGAAUAUUAAAGAGGAUCCUGAAGGUGAACAUGCUCGUAGGGCAUUACAGCGUGGAGGAGGGCAGUUUCCAGGAGGACAUGGACCUGAUGUGGCACCUGGAAUAAUGAAUUUACCACCUUCUAUUCUCAAUAAUCCAAACAUUCCUCCUGAGGUUAUCAGUAACUUGCAGGCAGGCAGGCUCGGGUCCACUAUUUUUGUUGCUAAUCUUGACUUUAAAGUUGGCUGGAAGAAACUGAAGGAGGUAUUCAGCAUCGCUGGAACUGUAAAGCGUGCAGACAUCAAAGAAGAUAAAGAUGGCAAGAGUCGAGGAAUGGGAACAGUUACCUUUGAGCAAGCAAUUGAAGCUGUUCAAGCAAUAUCUAUGUUCAAUGGACAAUUCCUGUUCGAUAGACCCAUGCAUGUAAAAAUGGAUGACAAAUCAGUUCCCCAUGAAGAUUUCCGGGGUGCAGACAGCAAAACUUCACAAUUACCUCGUGGUCUUGGUGGCAUUGGUAUGGGACUUGGACCAGGUGGACAGCCCAUCAGUGCAACACAGUUGAGCAUGGGUGGUGGAAUGGGGAGCAUGGGUCCAGGAGGUAUGGGCAUAGACGGUCCAGGAUUUGGCGGCAUGAAUAGAAUGGGAGGCGGAAUGCCCAACAUGGGAGGAUUUGGAGUCAACCGCAUGGGAGAAAUGUUCCGUGGUGGAAUGGGAGGGAACAUGGACAGAGAUUUUGGUCGUAGUGAAAUGGCAUUGAACCGUGGUUUUGGAGAUUCUUUUGGAAGGAUGGGUGGUGCAAUGAUUGGUGUUUUUGCAGGAGGAAUGGGAGCGCCUAGCAUGGGCCCAGUAAGAUCUGGAAUGAGUGGUGGAAUGGGUGGUAUGAACAGUAUGGCUGGAGGAAUGGGAAUGGGGAUGGAUCGGAUGAGUUCUGGUUUUGAUCGAAUGGGGCCAGCUAUGGGUGGAGGCCUGGACAGGAACAUCGAUAUCGAUCGAGGAUUUGUGCCUGGCCCAAUGGGAGGUGGCAUGAGAGAGAGAUUAGGCUCUAAAGGCAACCAGAUAUUUGUGAGAAAUCUUCCUUUUGACUUGACCUGGCAGAAGCUAAAGGAGAAAUUCAGUCAAUGUGGUCAUGUAAUGUUUGCAGAAAUAAAAAUGGAGAAUGGAAAAUCAAAGGGCUGUGGAACAGUCAGAUUUGACUCACCAGAAUCUGCUGAAAAGGCCUGUAGGAUAAUGAACGGCAUAAAAAUCAGUGGCAGAGAAAUUGAUGUACGCUUGGAUCGCAAUGCAUAAUUUAAAACUGUGUGUUCAGGAACAUUCCUAUGUCUGUUUAGCUUCUCUAUCCUAGUAAGUCAUUUUUAGUAACAUUGUAUGCUUACAAAAGCUGUAAAAAGGAACUUUUAAAUCCCACCAGCCUUUAACAGUAUAGUGUUUAAUAUACUGUGAUACUUGUUAACUGAAUCUUACUAUGUUUGGUUUUUAAAGACAAUUUGCCUGAUUUUUUGUUGUUUUUUUUAGAGGCACUGAGCACCUGCAGGUCCCUGUAGACCGUGGAAGCUUUGGAUGCUCAGCGCCUUUGGAAAAUUAGGCCAAGUGUCUCUAGUCAUUCAGUUUAAAUGAAUGGUUAUACUGUUUUUAAUAAAAUAAGCCAUUUUCUCUGUUAAUCUCCAGAUUGCAUAGUGGGAUUUGUUUAGUGUUUUCUGAUUUUUAUUUCCCCCCCCAAGUGUGUAUCAACAUUGUAAUGUAAAAACUAGAUGUCUUUUUUUCAGAAUUUUGUUUUUAUAUGUGCGCCGUAGUCAUACUGUAAUUCUUGACUCUUAAAAGAAAGGGCUCCAAUUAGGCUGUGAUGUUUUCGUUCUACUUAAUAUUAGUUAAAUAACAUGACUUAGUUCUGUAAAUAAGAUUUAGAGCCCAAUGGAGUUUUGAAUUAUUUUUUUUUUUAUUAUUUUGACUAAAUGAAGAAACUGAUCUUUCUCUCCUGCUUUUAUUUUUUUUUCAUCAGUCUAAUCACUGAUUAAAACUAGUUACCACAGACCCUUGUAGGAUUGUUCCCUAUGAUCCCGAGUUCGUAUAAAAUUGAUAAUACAGUAAAUACUACGUACAGUACAAGACAAAUUGCUCCCAAUUUUUUAUCUAUUUUCCAGCCAUUCAGGUGAACUGCUAGAAAAAUAAAAACAACAGAACAGAUAAGAGAAAUGGCUGUGUACGUCAAACCAUUGCUGUUCACUUCUAUGGGUCCUGAUGUAUUUAUGAAGGCAGUUUUUAUAAACCAGGGUAUUCCCAAACAGAGCAUAUCAAAUACGUUGGAUCCUAAAAUAUUAGACAUAGCCAUAUCUCCACUUCCUGUAAAAGAAGAAAUACAGAUAAGUCUGCUUAAUUGUAUUGUAUGAAAUUGCCAAACUGUUUUGGAAGAACAGACUGUCAGCCCUCAAUUUCUCACAGAGCACCCUUUUCAGACUUUUCAUUGAAAGAACUGUAGUUAUGAUUCUACAGAACGUGGGUUUGGGUACUACAAGCAUUUUAAAAAAAAAAGUCUCCCUAAAUCACCAGCAUAAUCACCAGCUUAAAAUUAGCUAGACAGGCUAUUAUAAAGUCCAGUCAUGUUUAAAAUACCAAGACCUACACUAAAACUGUAACACUUGAUCAAUGACAAUUCAAACCGAUCUAGAAUACUUCUCUGAGAUUCUCUGAGAGGUUUUUAAAUGUCUGAGCCACGUCUUCUUCAGGUAAGCUAUUUAUUUAUUAGUAGUAAACUUAAGCUCUACAAUCGAGCAAAAAUUUUGAAGUCACUCCUUGAAUUUCUGGACACAUUGACUAGAAUUCUUUUUUCAUGGUACCUUUUAAACACAUCCAUUGGAACGAGCCUGAGUACUAAGAUCUUUACCUUUUCGAGCCACCAGCACACUUGCAAUUGUAUCUGGUACGCUUGUUCCUGCUGCUAGUAAUGUGAGACCCAUUACUGACUCUGGAAUUCCCAAGGUUUCACCUGCAGUUGAUAAAUAAUGGUAGAAAAUGCAAGUAUAUCUUUGGUUUAAGUUUCAUCCAAAGAAAUUGCUUUGGACUUACUUUGAUGGAAAAAAGAUCAUACAGUAAUAUAGUAAUAGUAAUCAUACAGUAAUUUCAAAAGGAAUCUGUCAGCUAACUUGACUAAAUAUGAAGUGACUGAACCAUGAAUGAGUUAAAAACAACAACAACAACAACAAAAAAAAUACCAUCCUGUCAUUAUUCUUCAAAUAAAAAAGGAUUUGUAGUGGAGUGACCAAGUUUCUCAAAGACCUGAGUGGAAUGUCUGCAGUGGUCAAAACAAUACCAAUUAUGAAUUUUUUCUUUCAGAUACAGUAGAAAUUUAAAUAUCUAAGAAUUUUUCUUCUCUCUCCCCCUUCCCUCCCCCCCCCAAUUUCUGGGAAAUAUAUCUAUGGUUUUGGGCAUCUCAUAGUUAGUGCUCGAAAGUCUCAUGAAGCAAUAACUCUUAUAAUCAUCCACUCUUUAGAGGACGAUAAAAGCAAAUGAAUUGUCUUGGGGAGGAGGGUCAUUAAGAUCAUUACUACAGUAUUGUCUCAACUAUGUGGCUUCAACAUUUCACUCAGUUAGAAAGUUCUUUUGUUGGAUUCCAAAGAAUCAAAAUGCAGAAUUUCUAUAUGACUUGUAAGUGCAAGCAAUCCUUUAGAGGUGUGUUUCUUUAGAUAAAUACUAGUUUAAAUGAAGAAAAGUUUUAAAUUGUUAUUAGAACAGCAGUUUGUUUCCCUGCUUUUUUUUUUAGGCCCACGUGUCCUGUAAGAUUAUUAAUUUCUCGCUUUCAGAUCUUCAAAACUGUUCUAGCAGUUGUAGCAUUCACAAGCAUCAAUUUGCUAAAGUAUUUGAUACCUCUAUUCAAACUUUGAAUUAAUUAGUUUCUCUUAAACUUUUUUGUUUGCUAAAAUGUAUUUUUUUUUUUUUUUAAAUCUGAAUUCUUACUGGCAAUAUUUGGACACUAAUAAGAACAGUUUUCUUAAAAUAAGAGGCAGCACUCCGUAAGCUAGGUCAGCAAUGCUUGCCCAUUACAUACCAGUCUAGAUCAGCACAGUAAAUUUAUGUUUGAAACUAUUUGUUGGUUCAGAGGGACGAACACAAUCCUGUUGCAGAACUUGUACUGGUAUUUAUUAUUCCAUCACUCCUAAUGUAAGAGAUUUGUAGGAUGAGGGACCAACAAGAUCAGUUUUUAUAAAUCAUCCAGGCUAGAAAAUAAUGGUUCAUGCCAAGCAAACCAAGGUGAAAUAUGAAUGAACCAGCCUUAUGUAUCUAAUGGUAGUUUCUAGCCCUCUGAAGGUUGUGAGGUAGAAUCUAAAACUCAGGUGAAUCUAAUUUUUCUUUUUAUUAGAUAAAUUUAUUUUCUAUUUAAUGUGUAAGGUUCUUUUUCUGGCAACUGACCAUAAGGAUAGAAUGGUUUUAUUUUUCUAGCCUUUAGUUAAUUUUGUGUAUCAGUAGCAAUAUCCCGCUAUAAGUAGUCAAAUUUUCUUUGCUGGCAAGAAGGUGGUGUACUAAGUUCUGUUCGUUCUUGACUAUCAUAAUUGAGUCCCCAGCUCUGAUAUCUUUGUGACAUUCUGAUAGCUGUUUAUGCAACAAUAGAAUCUUUGAGUCACCCUUCACGAAAGAACCUGGACUUGGUUAUAAUGUGUGUGUAAUUUUUAGCAUUUUACUGUGUAAAUAGGACAUAUUUGACCUAGAUGUAGCGGGCUGAAGACCCAAUAUUGCUUGUGAUGACUCUGCAAAGUGGGCUAACACUAAUACACUGUUUGAAUCUCCAGUGUUUUCAUAUGAAUUAGUGCUCUGUCUAGUAGAACAGCAAUAACUUUUAUUUGAAUCCUGUUUCAAAGGCUUUUAGCAUUCAGAUGGUAAACUUUUGCUCUUUAGAUAUAAGUGGAAAAUUAUUUGACCAAGGAGUGAACCUGGUGGGUAUUAUAUCCAGCAAUCUACUAGUAUUUUCUCAAAGGUUUACCAAACGUGUAGGUCUCUUUCUGCACUGAACAAGGAGUUAUUCAUUGAACUUAAAGUUGAAAACAAGUUUAGGAUGCUGAACUAGCAGAAUACAGAAUACUUGAGUAGGAUUAGUGAGCUUUAACGUGGAAAUGGCAAGCUUUGUAACAUUUCUUUCUUGUUUAUAGAUUUGUUUUCUGCUUAUUCUUAAAAUCAAAAACUGGAUUUUUCUCAAGCUGACUAGGGAAACAGUGAAAUGAAGAAACUUUUAAUACCUUAAGAUAUUUUUAAGAUAAUGUUUUUACACACAAGUUCAUACCCCUUCUCUCACUUAAAUGCAUUUUUUUUACUGCUUCACUUUAUGAUAUAGAUUUGUAAGAGGUAUACACACGCACACCCCCCAAGAAUGAUUAAUAAACACAUUAUUUCAACACUAUAGUUGAAAUAAAGUAGUACCAAAAUUUGGGAGGAUUUUUUUGGCAGUUAAUGUAAUGACAAAUCUUUUACUAUAGCGUUCAAAAAAAAUUUAGAUACAAAAAUAAUGGAUCUUUUACAGAACCCUGAACCUUUAAUUCCAGUCUUAGUGGAUUCCAUGUUUGUCAGACUUAAGCUUGACAAGUUUAUUGCUGUGUAUCUAAUUCUUUCACUUCAUGAACUUCAUGAAAGUCUCUAAUGAGACUUUUAAAAUAUAGGCUGGUUUUUGUAGCUAUAUAAAUGAAUUCUCAUUCAUGGGAUGGUAAGGAGUCUGAAGCAGCUAAGCUCUAAAGUGGUUUUCAUUAGGUGGAAGGUGGCAAACUAAGCAGUCAAACGUAAGUUUUUGUUGGUUUUGUUUGUUGGGCUUUUUUACAGCAAAGUGUAUUGCUAAACUGACUGUUAAUUGUGGAAAGAAACUUCACAGGGAAAAAGCUGUUUUUUCAGUGAUUCUCGAUUGGUUGAUUCUGUAUAGCAGCAGCACUGAAGGUACCUACCUGCGAUUGUUACCAUCCAUACAAGAACGUAAGUUAUUGCAGAAAUCCAUGCUGCUGAAAUGAAAAAUGUCACCAUGAACCAGUUCCUCCAAAACUGUCUUCUGCAAUCUGGUAUAGUCAAAUAGAGUAGUGUAAUAAUAGGAAGGGAUAACACCCACAAAAUUCUCUUCAUAUCUUCUUCAGGCAUGGUGAAGACACUUGGAUGAUCUGUUGAAGAAAAAGUAACUUUUAAAUUGUAGCAUUAAGUUUGAAUCUAUAGCAUACAGUCAUAUUGCUGCCUCUACUACUGAGAAUACUGAAAAAAGGUAAAAGUACUUCCUAAAGUUCUGGCUGUAGUCUUACACAGUACCUACAUCACACUGGACAAAACUCUGAAAUGAAAUGUUUUUUAUUCCCAUGUCACUAGGAGAGAACUAAGGUGGAAGAAAAAUGAGCUUUUUCUAUUAAGUUUUAGACAGAAUGUUUAACAAGAGUAAGUACCAACUGCUAGUUUUUUUGCUUAAGUGAAGAGGAACCCGGUUAUCGGUGGUCACAUCAUAGCUAUUCCUUUACUUCUGAUAUAAUGCAUGUUUUGGGUUAUGAACCUGCCAUUGUCAUAAGAAAACGGUAUAUUAAUACAGCAACUAUUAAUACAGCUUCAGCUGAUACUACAUUUUACAAGCAGCGUUGCUGGGAAGUUUCAAAUGUGCACAGCAAAGACUGAUGAAAGUCUGCUGUUCUGAUAUGAUACAAAUGAGCAUCUAUCCUAGCACUCCUCUAGCAAUUAACUCUGAUUUUGCUUAUUGUUAUAUUCCAGGGAAGAAUAAUGAUUUACUGGAGUUCUUUUGUGAACAAAAUCUUAAUAAUACCUCAGAACCUACUCUUUAUUAGAACUGAUGCAGACAGGCAGACAGAGUGCUAGUGACAACUGUAAUAAUAUGUAUACCUUCAGAGAUUUCAUCAAGCCCAUGCAAGCUUGUUGAAAGUUGAGAGUAGUCCGGCUUGUCUUGAAAAAUUCCACUAUCUGUUCUUGACUGUUUGCGUAUUAGAGGUCCACUCUCUUCCUGCCAUCCAGCCAGUGGCUGCUGCUCAGCAUUUCCUUCCAUAGCUCUUGUAAAACACGUACAGCAGGGACUGAACUUUUUCAUGAGGUAUUGGUUGAUUUUAAUGUCAAAACUUAGUACUAGAAUAUAACACCCAUAUAUCAAUAAUAAGGAUGCACUUUCAUACCUAGAAUGAAAAAUAGAUUUUACAUAACAUUGAAUAUAAACACUCCCAACUCUUAAGUUUUUAAAAUGGCAUGGUGUUAAAAUGGAGAGAGAGAAAAUUUGCAUGAGUAGAAAAAGGAAAACACACAAAAGCAACUAUUUGCAGUUGUAUGGGCAGUGUUAUGGAAGUUCAUGAGUGUCUCUGUCUUUUCAGCAGUUUGAUUAAUUCCCCUUCCCUGCAGAAUCUUGUUUCUGUAUUGUAUAGCUGCAUGUUUUCCAGGGGAUCUUACUGAUUGAACAUCUUACCGAUGUUUGUGAAAUUAAGUCUUCAUGUGAUGGUUAAAGAGAGCGACAGUGUGUGCUGUUUUGAGUUAGAAACUUCAGACACUUAGUGCUGGACCUGACUGACUUGUUGAAGGAGUUUCAGUGUUGAUGGAAGAGAGUUAAAACAUCAGAGGCUCAUGAUCUGCUUUUGGCAGAAAAAUGUUUUUCUUAACAGUGAUACCAUCAAAGAAAAGGCUCAAAAGGAGUACACUAUGAAGACUAAUUGCUAUGCCAAAACAGUUAUGAUAGAAAUUGUCAAGUCUGUACAGAGAAACCUAUGCAGAUCAAGCUUUAUAAGUAUGCAGGGUUUGAAUGUUUAGGUAAUAAUCUUUACAAGGAUUGUGACUUUCUACGUUUUUCAAGCAAACAGGAUGUUUAUUUCUGUUAGCGAAUGGCAGUUCAAGCUACUUGAAGUUUGGGGGUUUGGGUUUUCUGUUUGUUUGUUUGUUUGUUUUUCAAAACACUGUCGUACUAAUCUCCAGUCAACAUGAAUUCAACACUACUUGCGCUCUUACCAGUAAACUCUGUUGUCAGAUAUCAUCGCAAGGACCGCCGCUACACUAAUUGUAUAUGCCAGACAGUCUCUAAACAGCGGCCAACAGGAUAGCCUCGAAACCUGCAGAUCACAGAUUCAUUUACUUUUCUUAAACUUGUCUAUUACUUUCACUAAGUGCUGUAAAUGCUGCAUCAAUAUGUUGUUUCUAUAUUAUGUAAAAAUUUAAGAUUCUUAGGAAUGACUUAAGUAUGAUAUUUAACAAGUUAGUGUUUUUAAAAACUUUCAUAGCAAGUUAUCUUAAAACUGAUUACAUCUGGUUUUGCUACUAAAUAAUAAACUUGACAGUUGUCAUAGUAA